GUACACGCCGCUGCGCUUCCAUUCCAGACCCGUCGAGAGACCGCGAGGACUGUGUAGCGUGUUGCAGGAGAGAAGCCCAAGCUUUGGCGGAGCCAUGGCGGAGGAAACGGGGGCGACGGCGGCUUCAGGGCCGGCGGCGGGCGGAGAGGGCAAGAUGACGAUGGUGGUCGGGGUGGACGAGAGCGAGCACAGCUACUACGCGCUGCAGUGGACGCUCCUCCACUUCUUCUCCCCGGGCCAGCAGCAGCAGUACCGCCUCGUCGUCGUCACGGCCAAGCCCACCGCCGCGUCCGCCGUCGGCCUCGCCGGACCAGGUGCCGCGGACGUGCUGCCGUUCGUUGAGGCGGACCUGAAGCGAAGCUCGCUGCGCGUCAUCGACAAGGCCAAGGAGCUCUGCGCGCAGGUGAGUGAUGCUGUCUUUGAAGUGGUGGAGGGGGAUGCCAGGAACGUCCUCUGCGAGGCGGUAGAAAGGCAUCACGCAGAGAUGUUGGUUGUGGGCAACCAUGGCUAUGGAGCAAUCAAAAGGGCUGUUCUUGGAAGUGUGAGCGAUUACUGCACCCACCACGCUCACUGCACCGUGAUGGUUGUGAAGAAACCAAAGCACAAGCACUGAGCAAUGCCCAGCCUUGACUCUUCGCUGAACCCAGUGAUUGGUAUUUGAGCUUUCGUGUGCCCUGCCAGUUUGCGCAUCUUUGUGAAUAAAUGGAUUGUCGCAGUUCACAACUUCAGACUAGUGAACUCCUGCGAGUAGCCCAUAAUGAUCCUACAUGCUACAUGUGGAUUAUUGAUUGAGAAUGUGAAUAACUGAUGUGCCUCAUCAGAACAGUGUUAUUUGUGAUGCAGAUGCAUGAACGCUGUAUGUAUAUGUAAUCAAGACUGCAAGUUCCUUGCAGUGGACACGUGUGUUUAGUUCUUGUGGAACUGUAUGUAAUUUGUGAAUGUAUGCUUCUUCUGUUCA